AUGGUAUCCACAGAGCGGCUCAAGCAGAUAUGUGUUCCUGUCUCUGAAGGACCUGCAUAUCACAAGCGAACCCUCCGGGUUGCUACCAUUGGUGCUGGCUUUUCGGGGCUGAUAUUCGCGCACAAGCUUCAACAUGAACACAAGGAAAUGCAGGAUUUCAUCGACCACACCAUCUUUGAAGCAAACGAUGAGGUUGGAGGAACUUGGAAGGUGAACACUUAUCCUGGUGUUCAAUGUGACGUACCAGCACACAUUUAUGCAUUCCCCUUCGACCCGAAUCCAAACUGGUCGAGGUUUUACGCCAGCGGCAGCGAGAUCUACGAGUACAUCAGACGGACAGCAACGAAAUGGGAGCUACGCCGUGAUAUCCAAUUCAACACACGCGUAGUGGGCUUGGACUGGCAGAAAGAUCAAUCCAUGUGGAAAGUUCGGGUUCAAAAAAUUGCCAAGAGGAAAGAUCAAUGGGACUGGCCGUCGAUCCCAGGAAUCCACGACUUCGAGGGACAUAAAGUCCACUCCGCCUCAUGGGACAAUACCUACGAUUACAGCCACAAACGCAUUGGAAUCAUUGGUAACGGGUCAUCGGGCAUCCAGAUCCUGCCAGAAAUGGUCAAAUUGGAAGGCACAACAGUUGUGAGCUUCCAGCGUGGCCCAACUUAUAUCACACCAUCAAUAGGCGAGACCCUCGACGUAAAAGCCGGAGAACUGGGAGUCAAUACCGAGGAGACAAGCAUGGAGAACGGGAAUGGACAUUAUAGCACGGAGGAAAUAGAAGACGAUGAUGGAGAGGGCGACAGUACUUUCAACCCAAGGUAUCCAAGGCAAGUCAGACGAUUAUUCGCAACGGACAAAGAGAAGUAUCGCCAGUAUCGUAAGAUGCUGCAGCAAGGGAUGAACAAGGGGUACAGAUUCUUCAAGAGGGGCUCGAUCGAAAACACGAAAGCCCAAGAAGUGUCUGUUGAACGUAUGAGAUCGAUACUGCAGAAUGAUGAAGAGCUCUGCUCGAAACUUAUCCCAACCUGGGAAUUUGGUUGCCGGCGCGUCACACCUGGCGAGGGAUACCUCGAAUCCUUCCUCCGUCCUAACGUGACACUGGAAACAAAUCCCAUUAUCAAUAUUACGCCCUCAGGUAUUCAAACAGCAGCAGCCUUCUACACGUUCGACGUCAUUGUCUGUGCGACUGGCUUUGAUGUCUCCUACAUUCCACGGUACCCUGUUACGGGCCGCAAUAAUGUUACACUCGCAUCCAAAUGGGCUGAAGAGCCAGAGUCAUAUCUCAGCCUUGCCUGCCCUGACAUGCCGAACUACUUCAUCUUCACUGGCCCUAACGCGACUGUCAGUCACGGCACACUUCUCCCUUCGAUUUCAUGGACAGCCGACUAUAUUCUCCGGUGGCUGAAGAAGAUGGCCUCCGAGGACAUCAAGUCUGUGGCACCUAGUCAGGAUGCAACCGACGAAUUCGUCCGUUACGGAGAUGAGAUCCAUAAAGGGCUAGCCUGGACGGGCGGAUGUCGAAGUUGGUACAAGAACCAUCGCAUAGGUGGACGGGUAACUGCUGCGUGGCCCGGAAGUGCGCUAUUAUAUCGCGAAGUCAUGAUCGCGGAGCUGAGAGCUGAGGACUGGGACAUUCGCUACAACAGCGGUAAUCGCUGGCGGGGAGUCCUGGGCAACGGAUUCACCGAGCUGGAGGAGCAUGCCGCAAAAGCUGCGGCGAGAGGUGAACAGGUUGACCUGGCGUUUUAUGUUCAAGAUUGA